ACAGCACUGCUCCCUGGUCAUUGAAUUUUUGGACGCAAUCGGAGAUUUCAAACUAGAAGACAUGGAUCAGGACGUGGUGGAUUUCAUCAUCAAAACGUGGCAAGCUGGAAUGUAACAAGUAAAUGAUGGAAUGUGGAAUCCGAAUAGAAAUUGACACUACUCUGUAUUACGAAUUCUAAUUCAAUCUGAAGACGAACACAGCCGCCCAUGGAAGAUGCUGUUCUCCUCUUUGAUAUUACCUUAACCUCUCUUUCUCAAAACCGUAGAUGCCCGCGCGCUCUAUCCGAACCUUCGGCAUUUUCCUGCGUCGUCAUCUAGCAGUUUUUGGAGUUGAAUAAAGGCUGAUACGUGAAUACGACCUGUGUUAGGGUAUGAUUCCUUUUUAUCCGAAAGUUGCAAUUGUUUCCAUCGGCAGUAACAUGACGUGCAUCGACUUAAGUAUUGUUAUUGUUCGUGAUUGUAUCGAAUGAACCUCUGGUAGUUGGAAGUUUUUAAUCGAUGCAGGAGUGUCAAUAAAUUUGCGUUAUUCGUAGAAUAUAUGAAAUGGGGCAAUCGCCGGGAUUCGAGGUGGUAAUUCUCGCCGGAGGCAAAGGUUCUCGUCUUGGAGAGCUUGCCGUUGUGAAGGAAAAGCCCCUGCUACCGAUAGCAAAUCGGCCUAUGAUUUAUUAUCCUUUGAAGCUCGCGCAAGAUGCUGGCUUUCCAAGUGUCCAUGUAAUUUGUCAAGAAAGCGUGAAGACGUCCAUCAAAGCUAUCCCAGGGAAGUUCGGGCUCACGUUGGAGCUUAUAUGUCACUGUUUGGCAUCCGAUACUGACUUCGGGACGGUGGAUGCACUGAAACAAAUUUCAACCUCGCUUUCGGCGCCAGAACUAAUCAUUCUCAGCUGUGAUUUGAUCACUACGGUCCCACUCCGGAAGCUUGUAAACGAGCACGCUGUUAGAGAAUCGGCCAUCACAGCGUUGUUCACGAGAAACGUGGACCCCCAAGAUAACGUCGUCCCCGGGCAGAAAGCCAAGUUCGUUCCUGAGAAUGAUUUGAUUGGGAUUGAUGAGGAAACCGGUAGGCUUGUGUUUAUGACUUCGAAAGCUGAUCUGGAAGAGACUUUUCCCGUUCGAAUUGCUGAAAUAUCUGCAUAUCCGAAGUUAUGGGUAUCCAGUUCUUUAGCAGAUGCACAUGCCUACAUCUUCAAGCGGUGGGUGUUCGAUUAUUUGGUAUCCUCCAAUCUAUCUAUGCUGAAAGCGGAAUUCAUACCACACGUUGUGCGGAAGCAGUUUGAAAAACCAACGUCUUUCAAGGACUUCGCCGACAAUACGCGAGAUGAAGUUGGAAACGGCAGAUCAUCAUUGGCCUCUGCCGAUAUUUUUCCUUUUGUUCCGAGAGAAAGAGAAACGGAGGAAUUGAGGGAAAUGUCCGCAUUAUGGGAAUACGCGGGUAACAGACUGCGCAAGCACCUGGAUGCGGUCAACAAAAUCCGGUGCUAUGCCUGCAUCGUAGAUUCUGAACUAUGCAUCAGAGGGAACAACUUGCUAACGUAUUUGAAGGCAAAUCUGGAAGCUUCAACAGUUUUGAAACGAUCGGAUCCAAGUUUUGAACCGAUUCAUCCAUCUGUUAAUGCAUCAUCCAGACUUCGACAACAGCUUGCCUCUUCAUGCAUCGUUGGUGAUGAAACUUCCAUCGCAGAUAAGGUGUCAGCAAAACGUUCUGUGAUCGGCUCCAAGUGUAAACUCGAGGAUAAGUCGAAAAUUGUCGAUUCGCUCCUGGCGGAUGAGUGUCUCAUUGAAGGAAGUUGUGGAGGAUUUGAAAGCAAGUUUUAUUCGGCAGAUUUAAUAAGUUGUGAGCGCGUGAAAAUGGCGAUUGUUCCCGGUAAGAAGCCUAAGAUCGUCAAGAAGCGCACUAAGCACUUCACAAGGCAUCAAAGCGACCGUUAUGUAAAAGUGAAGAGCAACUGGAGGAAGCCUCGCGGUAUUGACAAUCGUGUUAGGAGGAAGUUCAAGGGCCAGUACAAAAUGCCGAAGAUCGGUUAUGGCUCUGCCCGCGCCACGCGACACAUGUUGCCCGACGGUUUUCGAAAAGUUGUUGUCAACAACGUCAGGGAACUAGAAGUUCUGAUGAUGCAGAACAAGAAAUACUGUGCCGAGAUCGCUCAUGCGGUGUCGUCCAAGAAGCGGAAACUGAUCGUUGAACGUGCCCAACAACUAGCUAUCAAGGUCACGAACCCGAAUGCCAGACUGCGGGGCGAAGAGCACGAGUAAAUUGGGAAAUGAAAUGAAGUGUUUUUCGUUCUCGGAAAAA